GACGCAGGUCAAAUGUCAAAACGCUCCCCGGCAGUUCUGCGGCUUGUUUAUAUGUCUUUAUCAUACGCAAUUAGUGCUUUAAUUUCUUCUAAAUACUUCUUUAUUUUUCUAUAAGAUUGUGCGAAAAGCGAACCUUAAGAAAUAUAGACAGUUCAGUCAAACUACUUACUUUGUUGAAGCAGCAUACAAAAUUCAUAACAUUACCCUAGAGCCUAAAUAUCGAUUUGUGAAGUUCUGCAAAUUCUUGUGAUAUUAAACAGUACACGUGGAAGGAACUUUUUCCCUACAACAUAAAAAUGAAUGUGGGAGUCUGUGAGUUACAGAAAGUGUCAUCUGCAUUCUGAAGGGAAUGGAAUUCUAACCUUGUGCAAGUUUUUGGAAAAGUGCUUUAUUUAAAAAAUUAGUGGACAAAAAUAGUCUGUUAAAAAUGGACAUCAUGCUUUUUAUCAGUAGUUUCAUCUUUUAUUUAUGUAUUUGCUCUGCGAGGGCAUCUUUUCUCGCAAGUCCGCCACAAAAUGCUUUAAUUGUUGCUUUUGAAGACACAUAUGAUAUGUCUUUGCUUGCGAAUACCUUAUCUGAUCAGGGAAUUGAUGCUACUUUAAUCAUUCCUUCGACAGCGAGUGAUGUUUAUGAACAUCUAGUCGACGUCCAAGUGUUGAAGAUUAACAUAUUCGAAGAGGAGUUCAUAAAACCGGAAAGUAAAGCUCUUAAGGCAUGCGAACAACUUCUUACGGAUAAAAAGAUUUUGAAAAAGAUCCAGGAACUUCAACCUACAUUUACAAUAUUUCCUGCUAUUAGACACGACGGUUGUUUGAUUCCUUGGACGAAAUCAAUCCGCUCGAUUCCAGUUGUGUGGACUCUAGGAUCAAACGAAGAACUUUAUACUUUUCUUCAAACCGGAUCAGCUUUACCAUUAAACACUGAUGGAUUUAUGAUAACCAUGGUAUCGAAUUUGAAAGGGAAAUUCUAUAUUUCUUCCCUGCGAAGUAGUUACGUCGACCCCGCUUUGAAUUUAGUCUCAAAAUAUCUUCGAAAUGUCGAUUUUAAUCUUGAAAAUCUGUACAAUGAUGUGGAAUUAAUUUUGUGGGGAGGCGACGUGGUUUUGAGAUCCAACUUUGCUCCUUUGACUGAAUUACUCAUAGAGGUUGGAUGCCAUCAUUGUAGAGGAGUUCAACCUUUACCACAAACUCUUCAACAAGAAUUAAUUGAAUUCCGGCUAGGAACGAUAGUUUCACUACUAGACGCAAGUCACUUAACUCUAAUAGAAGAAAUAGCAAAAAAAUUACCGCAAGGUAGACAAGGUCAGGCCAUUGUCUGGAAACAGAAAAACGUAUCCCUCGCAGAAAAACCUGAAAACCUCUUCAUUUACACUGAUGUCGAUCGUCAAGAUAUCAUAGGUUACCCAAGAACAAGAGUGUUACUGAGUCACUGUGCAGAUACAGAACUUCUAGAAUCUGCAUUUCACGGAACACCAGUGAUUUGUUUUCCAAGAAGCCUAGCUGAAUCCAAAAAUGCUAUGCGUGUCUUCGAAUUGGGGUUCGCCUACUCAUCCCGGGGUGAUUUCUCCACUGAAGCGAUCCUGGCUGGAAUAAAUGAAGUUCACAACAAACCAGAAUACCGAGAAAACGCCAGGAAAGUUUCCUUAGCUGUGAGAGACAGACCAACUCCUGCGAUGGACCGGGUCAUUUUUUGGCUCCACUACGCGGGGAGAAUUAAAACCGAAGGUGAGAAUUUGCUCCUGCCUCUCAAGAACGUCAGCACCUAUGGCGAGACUUUACAAUUUCUCUCAGGCAUCGCCAUCGGAACACUUUUCAGCAUUUUUGCAACGAUGCUUUACAUCGCCACACGUUUUGCUUCCGUAAAUGAACGUCAGCACAAAAACAAAGGAAAAUACAAAAGAUAACUAAUCAAUCACCCAUAACAAGUUUUCUGAAAAAUAUUGUAAAUAUAGCAAAGAUCAAGGAACUUUUAAAGAGAAGUCAACGCCACCGAACAAUUAUAAUUAAGAGGAAAUUGGUAAGGAGAUUAUUGUGAAAGAAUGAUUUUCAUAUCUUGUAUUUAUAAAUACACGUAUAAGAUACAG